AUGGACUUCAAAACUACCCAGGAACGGAUUACCAAAGCGCUCAUUGCAACCACGCGCGCUGCAACGCGUAUCAACGGUGCCGACGUACCUUUCCAGCGCUCGCUAAAUCCUGCGGCGGGUGUAUCCCUUGACGGCCAAAAUGCGCGGCUUCUCCAGCUCGCGCGACGCCUUCUGGAAAAUGCUGCAGCGGGCUCGGACGCUGUAGGUCCCGAUCUACCCAAUGUCGAAGCCCUCGACGAGGACGACAAGUGGAGGGGGUUUGUUGAUGUCAUCGAUAGCUUGCUGGAGAAGGCUGACACCAGCCUGGACGAAUACUCAGGCGUUGUGAAGCGCAUGAGCCCCGGCGCGGAACAGGCCGCCGCUGCUGCCGCUGUUAAGCCUCGUCCGAACAUCGCCGCUGCGCCGGGAAAACAUUUGCCAAAACCGCAGGUCCUGUUCGAAUAUGUGCCCAAGAACAACGAAAUGGGCGGCUUCCGACCAUUGCUCACUUCGAAACCACAUGCAAAGGUCCCCUUGGAAUACUGCCUGCAAACUUUCAAGGACAGCCGGAACCGGGAACAGUAUCCACACCCUUACCAAACCGAGAUCGAAACCUACGAGUACCCCGAUUCCAUGUAUCAGCGCAUCGGACCGAAGCCUUACAAGCCUUUUGAGAGCACCACCGCAACCUUUGUCGAUACCCCAGAAGCACUGGCAAUUAUGUUGUCUGAGCUCAAGACAGCCAAAGAAAUAGCUGUCGACCUGGAACACCACGACAAUCGGUCGUAUAUCGGCAUGGUCUCGCUCAUGCAGAUUAGCACACGCGAUAAAGACUGGAUCGUUGAUACGCUCAAGCCUUGGAGGCGCCAACUGGAGUGCUUAAAUGAAAUCUUUGCGGAUCCUGACAUCAUCAAGGUCCUACAUGGAGCUUACAUGGACGUUGUCUGGCUUCAGCGAGAUCUAGGCCUGUAUAUUGUUGGACUCUUCGACACGCACCAUGCCGCUCGCUCGUUGGGGUAUCCGGGAGGGAGUCUUGCAUAUCUUCUCGAACGAUUCAUCAAGUUCCAAGCACAAAAACAAUAUCAAUUAGCGGACUGGCGAAUACGACCAUUGAGCAAGGAGCUCUUCGAGUACGCCCGAGCCGACACACACUUCCUUCUAUACAUAUUCGACAACAUGCGCAAUGAGCUCGUCGAGAAGUCCGAUUUCUCGAACUCCAAAACGAACAAGGUGCUAGAAGUUCUGACCAAAUCGAAGGACACGGCGUUACAACGAUACGAGCACCCCAUUUACGAUUCCGAGCUUGGACUAGGGUCGACAGGCUGGUAUAGACUUGUUUCAAGGACACCCGUACAAUUCACGCCUCAGCAGUUCGCCGUUUUCAAAGCCGUACACAAGUGGAGAGACGACGUGGCUCGAGAGGAAGACGACAGUCCCAUCUUCGUCAUGCCGAACCAUGCUUUAUUCUCGAUUGCAAGAGAUAUGCCGAAGGAUAAGGCAGCGUUGUUUACUGUCGUGGUCCAUGUCUCGCCUACACUUCGCAACCGAGCGGAAGAGCUGGUCAAAAUCAUUCAGGAGGCGAAGGCUGAUGGAUUGAAUGGCCCCGAUCUUUACGUGACGUUACAGAGGAUCGAGAACCUCCGAGAAGCGGAUCGAAAGGACCGAACCCGGACUCGGAUUCAGACUCACGCUCAGUCGACUCCUGCUCCACUGGUCGUUGCUCCUCCAGCCCCGGCUGUAGUCAUACAAGAAUCUGCCGUACCCAUCCAACUCGACACUUCAGCACUGCGUGCGAAUGCCUCACAGUUUUGGGGUCUCUUAACCAAAAAGCACACUACGCCACCGAAGUCUGCGCCUCUACCGGAUAUCUCCUUUGCACUCCCACUACCACCUCUCACCGCAGACGUCUUCGCCGACUCCAACGACACCACCAACUCGCCCGCCCCCGUUCAAGAACCCCCCAAAUUCGUCGCAAAGGAAGACCGCCCCGCCGAGGACGCCCGCACUGACAUCUUCGUCGUCAAGCAACUCGGCGGACGCAAACGCAAAGCCGAAGCCCUUGAAGCCGCCACAUCAUCCAAAUCCGACCCCAUGCUUGACGACGAGAUCAUGCUGGAAGAAAGUGACGAGACAAUCCGGCGCCGCGAAAAGGCCACGCGCAAGGAAGUCCGGAGGGCGGAGAAAGAAGCUAAGCGCGCAGCGAAGCAAGCCGCCCGGGACGCCGCGCUCAACGACGAUGACGAGCCUACUUUCGACUAUGCGAAUGCGCCUAGCGUGCUGCAUGCGAAUACGCCGAGUGGGGACAAGAAGAAAGAUAGGAAGGGCAAGAAGGAAAAGAAGAAGGCGGCGAAUUUCAAUCCGUAUGCGAAAUUGGCGGAUGUGCCGAAGGGGCUGCCGCCCAAGCAGAGGGAGAGUGCAGGACGGAGCAAGACGUUUGGGUCCUGA